AUGGAGCAGGCGCUGCCGCUGGCGAAGCCCGGCAAGAAGAAACUGGUGAGCUCGCUGGUGGAGGUGGCGGCGGCGGCGGCGACGCUCCUCGGCUCGGCGUCGUUCAGGGAGGACAGCUACUUCGUGCAUCAGCUGAGGCCCUCGGAGCAGAAGGCGCUGCAGGAGCUGAAGGCCCUCCUCUCGGCGUCGCCGGCUUCCUCGUCGCUGUCCUUGUGGGGGGUCCCCCUGCUGGGAGGCGACGAGAAGGCGGACGUCAUCCUGCUCAAGUUCCUCCGCGCGAGGGACUUCGGCGCGACGCAGGCCCACGCGAUGCUGCUGCGCUGCGCCGCGUGGCGGCGGGAUUUCUCAGCCGACGGGUUGCUGGAGGAGGAGCUGGGCUUCAAGGAGCUGGAGGGGGUGGUGGCGUAUAUGCACGGCUGCGACAGGGCGGGGCACCCCGUGUGCUACAACGCCUACGGGGUUUUCAAGGACCGGGAGCUCUACGACCGCGUCUUCGGUGACGACGACCGCUUGAAGCGGUUCCUUCGGUGGCGCGUCCAGGUGAUGGAGCGCGGCCUCAGCCUGCUGCAGUUCAAGCCCGGGGGGGUCAACUCCAUCAUCCAGGUGACGGAUCUGAAGGACAUGCCCAAGAGGGAGCUCCGUGUGGCCUCCAACCAGAUCCUCUCCCUGUUCCAGGACAACUACCCGGAGAUGGUCGCUCGCAAGGUCUGUUUGAUGGACCUCUCAUCUCCCUCUUUUUCUCUAUCUCCUUUCUUCUUCUUCUUCCUCCCCUCGGUAUAUGACUUGCCCUUGCAUUUGCAGGUGUUCAUUAAUGUGCCCUGGUACUUCAGCGUGCUGUAUUCGAUGUUCAGUCCCUUUCUGACCCAGAGGACGAAGAGCAAGUUCGUCAUCGCCAAAGAAGGGAAUGUGGCCGAAACCCUUUACAGGCACUUGCUCAUCCAUCUCUGCUGAGUCCUUAGCCUCCUUGCUCGUCUUUAUGAGCCUUUAAGUGAGCUCCUCACCCUCUUCCCAUCUCGGUAGGUUCAUAAGGCCAGAGCUCGUCCCCGUCCAGUACGGCGGCCUGAGUCGCCCCAGCGACCUGCAGGACGCCCCGCCCAAGCCGGCGUCAGAGUUCUCUAUCAAGGGAGGGGAGAAGGUGAACCUGGAGAUCGACGGCAUUGAGGUUAAUAACUCCCCUCUCUUCCUUCUUAUUCUUUAAUGAACCAGGAAAGAACCUGGAGAUCGACUGGUUCGUUACGAGAGAGCCGGCGAAGGCUCCAACUGCUCCAGGAGCAGUUAUUGGUGGACAGAGCAUCUCCUACCUCCGCCGGCCGACGCCAUUCUCGCAGCAUCUUCUUAUGUUAGAUUUUCCCAUAGUUUGGAAGCAAUCAAAGUCCUUAGAUGGAUGGUGGAUCUUGGGUUUGUUCAGGGAGGCGCCACCAUAACGUGGGACCUGGUGGUCGGCGGGUGGGAGGUGGACUACACCGCUGAGUUCGCCCCUGCUGACGCCGGCAGCUACAGCAUCGCCAUCGCGAAGACGAAGCGCUUCGCCGCAGGGGAGGAGCCCAUUCACCACUCCUACACCGCCAAGGAGGCGGGCAAGAUGGUUCUGUCCAUCGACAACACCUGCUCUCGCCGGCGGAAGGUCGCCGCCUAUAGAUACUUCGUCCGGAAGCCCGUUACCGCCUGA